UGGUCUUUCGGGAGCUGCGGUGCAUUGUGGGUAGGCCGGUGGGCGAAGCGGCUAUGGCGGAUGGUGAGGAGCCGGAGAAGAAAAGAAGGAGGCUAGAGGAGCGGCUGCUAGCGGGAGAGAGGCAGAGAGAGAUGGGAAUGGCUGUUGAUGGUGGGUGUGGGGACAAUGGAGACUGGGAAGGUCGCUGGAACCAUGUAAAGAAGUUCCUCGAGCGAUCUGGACCAUUCACACACCCUGAUUUCGAGCCAGGCAUUCAACCCCUUGACUUUCUGUUAAACACGUGUAAAGUUCUAGUUAUUGGAGCAGGAGGAUUAGGAUGUGAACUUCUGAAAAAUCUGGCAUUGACUGGUUUUAGACAGAUCCAUGUAAUUGAUAUGGAUACUAUUGACGUAUCUAAUUUGAAUAGACAAUUCUUGUUUCGACCUAAAGAUGUUGGGCGGCCUAAAGCGGAAGUUGCUGCUGAAUUUCUAAAUAGUCGAAUUCCCAAUUGUGCUGUUGUACCACAUUAUAAAAAGAUUCAGGACCUGGAUGACACGUUCUAUCGACAAUUCCAUAUAAUUGUGUGUGGUCUGGAUUCCAUAGUUGCAAGAAGAUGGAUAAAUGGCAUGCUGAUAUCACUUUUAAACUAUGAAGAUGGAGUGUUGGAUCCUGGUUCCAUCAUACCUUUGAUUGAUGGAGGAACUGAAGGCUUUAAAGGAAAUGCUCGCGUGAUUAUUCCUGGCAUGACAGCUUGCAUUGAAUGCACACUUGAACUUUAUCCACCUCAGGUAAAUUUUCCUAUGUGUACAAUUGCUUCAAUGCCUCGGCUACCAGAACAUUGUAUUGAGUAUGUCAGGAUAUUGCAGUGGCCCAAGGAACAACCUUUUGGAGGUGUUCCAUUAGAUGGAGAUGAUCCUGAGCAUAUACAGUGGAUUUAUGAGAGGUCUUUAGAGAGAGCAGCACAAUUUAAUAUUAAAGGUCUAACCUACAGACUCACACAAGGAGUUGUAAAGCGCAUCAUUCCAGCAGUAGCUUCUACAAAUGCUGUCAUUGCAGCUAUAUGUGCCACAGAAGUUUUUAAAAUAGCCACAAGUGCAUACGUACCUCUGAACAACUACUUGGUGUUCAAUGAUGUAGAUGGACUCUACACGUACACAUUUGAAGCUGAAAGGAAGGAGAAUUGUCUGGCUUGUAGCCAGCUUCCCCAGAACAUAGAAUUUUCUCCAUCAGCUAAACUGCAGGAAGUUUUGGAUUAUUUGACAAACAAUGCAUCAUUACAAAUGAAAUCUCCAGCAAUAACAGCCACGGUGUAUGGGAGGAAUAAAACUCUUUACAUACAGUCAGUAACUUCAAUUGAAGAACGAACGAGGCAGAAUCUUUCAAAAACUUUAAAAGAGCUGGGACUGGUUGAUGGUCAAGAACUCGCGGUUGCAGAUGUCACUACCCCACAGACUUUGCUCUUCAAACUACACCUCACUCCUUGAUAAUCAAUAGAAGUUAUGUCAAUGCGCACUGAAGCAGACUUGCACACCUUGUAAAACAACUACUGUGCACUAGAGGGAAGACAAAUUACCCAGAUCAGUCCCUGUUAGUACAAACAGUUCUGGACCUUUACCCUGAAUAAAUUGCUCUUAUUUUAGAACUGUACUUGGAAACCAAUAUUUGGUUGAUGGUAUUUGUACAGAUGCUUAUUAAUGUACAGCAGUAAUCCAUAUUUUCAACUUGUAUGUACACUAAAAUGCCAACAAUCCUUCUUGCAUGUUAAGACUUUAUGAUGGCUGAUGGAUUAGUUAUCCAAAGCCCUCUGAACGUAUAAGAUAACAAGGUAAACAAAGAUUUUAAAUUACAUUUUAGAGUCUGAGUGCAAUUCUUGUAUUCAGACUACCAGACAGUAGGAUACACAUCCUGUCAUUUAUUUAAUAUGUUUGAGCUGUUUGUCAGGUAUUAAGUGUUGCCAAAACUUCUGUAUUUUUUCAAAAUGCAGGAAAAUUGUAUUUUAACAUCUGUACAUGAAAAUUAAAUAAUUCAUUUGUAUAUUUGCAAUUAUUAGUAGUUAUGGUGUUAC